AUCAAUCGCAGAAAAAAAUUUGCAGCGUUCUCAUACACUUGUUUGCAAGACGAAGAAAGGUUUUUUUAUUGUUAGCGUUCAUCGAAUAAAUCGAAAAAAAAAAAUAAGAGAAUAGAUCAAUAUGGUUCGUCCAAAGAUGUUUGUCAAUAAACGAGGUGGUCGUAAGGAGGAGGUCCAUUUCGACAAAAUUACAUCUCGUAUUCAAAAACUGUGCUAUGGUUUGGACAUGGACUACGUUGAUCCGGUAUCAAUCACACUCCAAGUCAUCAACGGUCUGUACACUGGUGUUUCAACGCAAGAGCUGGAUACCCUUGCCGCCGAAACAGCCGCUUCGAUGACCACUGAACACGCCGAUUAUGCAGUGCUUGCAGCUCGGAUCAGCGUUUCGAAUCUGCACAAGGAGACCAAGAAGUCAUUUUCAGAUGUAAUCAGCGAUUUGUACAAUGCCGAAAUAAAUGGCCGAAAAUCGCCAAUGAUCAGUGACAGCGUCUAUAACGUCAUCAUGAAAAAUUCGUCCCGUUUGAAUUCCGCCAUUAUCUAUGAUCGUGAUUUCAAUUACAAUUACUUUGGUUUCAAGACGCUCGAACGUUCGUAUUUAUUGAAAAUAAAUGGAAAAAUUGUCGAACGACCACAACACAUGCUCAUGCGUACGGCUGUUGGUAUACAUGGCGAAGACAUCGACGGUGCAAUCGAAACGUACAAUUUGCUUUCGGAGAAGUACUUUACACAUGCAUCGCCAACUUUGUUUGCCGCUGGUACACCUCGGCCACAGCUAAGUUCUUGCUUUUUAUUGGCAAUGACCGAUGAUUCCAUGGACGGCAUCUACGAGACAUUGACGCGUUGUGCAAAAAUCUCACAACAUGCUGGCGGUAUUGGUUUGAAUGUGCACUGUAUUCGGUCAAAGGGUACUACGAUCGCUGGUACUGGUGGAUCAUCCAAUGGACUCAUACCCAUGCUUCGAGUAUACAAUGCAACAGCUCGAUAUGUUGAUCAAGGUGGUCGUCGUCCAGGUGCAUUUGCAAUCUAUUUGGAGCCCUGGCACGCCGACGUAUUCGAUUUCAUCAAUUUGCGUAAGAAUACUGGACACGAAGAAGAACGAUGCCGUGAUCUAUUUUUGGCAUUAUGGAUACCAGAUUUGUUCAUGAAACGAGUUGAAACCGACGAAAUGUGGAGCCUAAUGUGCCCACACAAGUCACCAGAUCUUUACAAAAAAUGGGGCGACGAGUUCGAAACGCUCUAUACAAAAUACGAAAGUGAAGGAAGAUUUGUGCGACAAGUGAAGGCUCGUGAUUUAUGGUUCCAAAUCGUACAGUCACAAAUUGAAACCGGCACACCGUAUAUGCUAUACAAAGAUACCUGCAAUCGGAAGAGCAAUCAACAAAACUUGGGAACGAUUCGUUGCAGCAAUUUGUGCACGGAAAUUGUCGAAUACACCGACCCAGAUGAAAUUGCCGUCUGUAAUUUGGCAUCGAUUGCCGUUAAUAUGUUUGUGAAAGCCGAUAAGACAUACGAUUUUGCAAAAUUGAAGGAAAUCAGUAAAGUGGUUACGCGAAAUCUCAAUAAAAUUAUCGACGUCAACUUCUAUCCGUUGCCAGAAACGAGAAAGUCCAACAUGCGCCAUCGUCCGAUUGGUAUUGGUAUACAAGGUCUUGCCGAUGCAUUCAUUUUAAUGCGUUUCCCGUACGAAAGUGAAGAAGCGGCCAAGCUGAAUCAACAGAUUUUCGAAACGAUUUACUAUGGUGCAUUGGAAGCCAGCUGUGAAUUGGCACAACGUGAUGGACCGUAUGAAACGUAUCCGGGAUCGCCAGUUAGCAAAGGCAUUCUUCAGUACGACAUGUGGGACAAGACACCGACCGAUCUAUGGGAUUGGAGCGCGUUGAAGGAGAAAAUUGCAGCACAUGGUGUUCGUAAUUCACUUCUUUUGGCACCCAUGCCAACGGCAUCUACAGCCCAAAUUCUUGGCAACAACGAAUCAUUCGAGCCAUAUACAUCGAAUAUUUACAAUCGUCGUGUGUUGUCUGGUGAAUUCCAAGUGGUUAAUCAUCAUUUGAUUAAAGAUUUGACCGAAAUUGGAAUGUGGAACGAUGACAUGAAGAACGAAAUCAUCGCCGAAUAUGGUUCGAUUCAAAAUAUAACACGUAUUCCACAAAAGAUUCGCGAUUUAUACAAAACCGUAUGGGAAAUAUCGGUGAAAACAACAAUGAAUAUGGCCGCAGAUCGUGGUGCUUUCAUCGAUCAAAGUCAAUCAUUCAAUUUACACGUUGCACAGCCAAAUUAUGCAAAAAUGUCCUCGAUUCAUUUCUAUGCAUGGAAACUUGGCCUUAAAACCGGAAUGUACUACUUGCGCACUCGACCGGCUGCCAACCCAAUUCAAUUCACAGUGGACAAGAAACAAUUGGCCGCAUCUCGUGCGAUGAAUCAAGCAAACAAAUCCAUGAAUAAUUCAACGUUGAACAAAUCAAUCGUCGGCAAUGGUUCGAAUGUCGAUUUCACCAUUGAUGCAGAAACUGAAAUGCAGCCUUCAGCCGAAUCAUCAACUGUUGAUCUCGAACAACAAAUGGCCGCUAUGGUUUGCUCUCUCGAUAACAAAGACGAGUGCAUGAUGUGCGGCUCUUAAACGUCUUAUCAUUUUCCUAGUUAUUUUUAUACAUUUUUUUUUCUUUCUCACAAAAUCUCAGUUUGAUCUGAAAUCAGCUUCAUAUAGCAACUGCUUUUUAUUCAUUAGUUAGAUUAUCACCAAAGGGUUUCCUUUGAAAACAAGCAAACCACACUUACCUUAAAAAAAAAGAAUAGUUCUGUAAAAACACAUAUUUUCAUAAUAUAAUAAUAAAGUUUGAACAAAUAAAACAAGCAGAA